AUGUCAGAGUUAAUGAAAAAUGAAAAAUCACCUCCUGUGGUUGAUGUUGAAUCGUUAUCAACAAAAAAUUCAACCUUACAAAAUGAUAUGGUUGAAUUAGAAGAUGGAGAUAUUGCUUUGACAAAGAAAAUGCAUUUAAUCAAUAAUGCUUUAGAUGAAAUUGGUUUUACUUGGUUUCAUUUCAAGUAUAUGAUUAUUGCGGGUUAUGGUUAUGCGGCUGAAUCUUUAAUUGGUUUAGCUCAUAGUACUGUUAGUCUUGCUAUCAAUAUUCAAUUCCAUCAAUCUUUUUCAGUAACUACUGAAGUUUCAUAUGUUGGUUUAUUAUUAGGUUCAAUUUUCUUUGGUAUGACAGCUGAUAUUAUUGGUAGAAAAUUAGCUUUCAACACCACAUUAUUAGCAAGUUCAUGUUUUGGUUUCUUCGUUGGUGGUUCUUCAAAUUAUGUUAUGUACUUAAUUUUCCUUAUGAUAACUUCAUUCUUCGUUGGUGGUAAUUUAGCUAUUGAUGCCUCAGUUUUCUUAGAAACUUUACCAUCAAGAUACACUUGGUUAGUUACAUUUUUCGCUUGUUUUUGGUCAUUUGGUCAAUUAGUCGGAUAUGUAGUAGCUUACGGAUUUAUGGUACCAGAAAAAUGGAAUGGAUGUACUGACUUCGAUGCGAUCUGUGAUUCAGCUAAAAAUAGAGGUUGGAGAUAUACUUGGUACGUUGAUUCUGGUAUUCUUCUUGGUUUAUCAUUAAUCAGAUUAUUUUUACAAUUAGAUGAAACUCCAAAAUAUUUGAUUGUCAAUAAUCAGGAUGAAGAAGCCAUGAAAUUAUUACAAAAAAUUGCUACCAAGUACAACAGAAACUUAUCUUUAACUUUAGAACAAUUACAAGAAUGUGGAUCAGUUGAUAAGAAUAAAUAUAGUAAGAAAGAUCCUAAAAUCAAGGAUUUUUUCAAAGCUGCUACUUCUAAUUUGAAGUAUUUAUUUGCAACCAAAAAAAUGAAAUGGAAUACUACUUUAUUAUUGACUUCAUGGUUUGGUAUUGGUAUUGCUUAUCCAUUAUAUGGUAUCUUUUUACCUCAAUAUUUAGCAGCAAAAGGAGCUACUACUUCAGCUUCUACUAAUCUUGGUAUUUAUAGUGAUGCUAUGAUGAGUAAUGGUUUAUCAGCUUUUGGACCUGUUAUUGGUGCAGCAUUAAUUUUAACUCCAAAAAUAGGAAGAAAAGGUGCUCUUUGCAUUGGUGGGAUUUUAUCUAUGGUUUUCUUGAUGUGUUAUACUACUGUUAGAACUAGAGCCCAAAAUCAAGCCUUCACUGUAGUAUCCUAUAUUACCAUUUAUAUUUAUUAUGGUGUUUUAUAUGCUUUCACUCCGGAAGUGUUACCUUCUUAUUGCCGUGCCACUGGUUCUGGUUUAUGUGCAGUUGUUUGUAGAAUUGGGGGUUUGAUCGUACCUCUUAUUGCUUACUUUUCCAAUACCUCAACUCCGGUCCCAAUCUAUGUUUGUGCUGGAUGUAUUGGAUUUUUGGGAAUUAUUGCUCUUUUCUUCCCAUUCGAUCCUUCUAAACAAAGAAGUGUGUAG